AUGGACCCUGACCCCCCUGCCCUCCCGACGAAGACGGCAGCGGCCGGGUGCUCCUGGCAAAGCCUCCUCUGCCUCCGUCCCCGCAGGCGGAAGAAGAAGGUGGCUUAUUCCACCUACAUCCACAAGCUCCUAAACCAGACGUGGUCCACUGGAGGCUCCUCCCUGGCAGCUACCACCCUCGCCUGGGUGGGCAGCCCUCGGCUGCUCUGGGACGUGGCGCUGGAGGCCGCCCGGCUGUCCCGCCGCAGCAGAAGAAGCCACCUUGGCCACCAAGAGGUCCUGCUGGCCAUGAAGCUGGUGCUGCUGCGGGAGAUCUCCAAGCUUCCUCCAGGAUCUUCAAGCUGUAACCCCGAGGUGCACACCCACCUGGACCAAUAUUUGUGGAGCAGCCCCAUCAGCAG